GACUCGCAAGCCAGAAGGCGUCCCGAAACGAACGCUCACUUGGUAACAGUUUUAGAUGAGUUAACUUUGAAUUGUCCUCUUUCGUGAUAAUCAUAUUUAAAUUUGUAUGGGUACGAAGAGCCUUAAGAUCAUUACGGUUGAAAAAUACAUGCAAUACUCGCAAAAUGUUAGCCUGGUAAAAGUGUAACCACAGGGAUCGCGUGUAACCAAUCAUCCUUAAAUCAUGUCGGAUGAAGCGUUUUCUGACAUCAACGGCAAUCGGAUCUCGCUGGAUUGUCAGCGCCACUCUGACAUUUGCGGAGAGUUUACGGUGAGCUCCCCUAAGCUGUCUUUUCUGAAGGUGACAGGCUGCACCUGCGCUCUCUGGCUUUGUGCCUACACCAUUUUUUUUUUCACCGAGGUUACUGAAGUCCUAUCAGUGGCUAUAAUGUUAUCUCUUGUUGGGAUGAUGGGUCAUCUUCAUUUUUUGAAGAUAGACCAUGAGUCAUUGUUGGUUAUUGGCUCCCUUGGAAUACAGAUGACUGCCUCCUAUGCAUCAGGCAGAGAAAGCAUUACUUUUAUUGAAAUGACCAAAGUGAAGGAUGUUGUAAUCAAUGAAGCCAUCUAUAUGCAGAGAGUGAUUUAUUACCUUUGUAUAUUGUUAAAAGAGCCUUUACAUCCUAAUGAAGUCGGCGACGUUGUGCCUGUGUUUCAGAGCUGUAAACCACGACUGAAUUGUUUGAUCGAGAUAUAUAAGCAAUGUCAAGAAAUCCUGGCACAAAGUUGAUGAAUAUCAAUGUGUAAGUAAGCUAAACAUUCAAAUAAAUAUUCAAUGCAGUCCUGAUUAUUGCAGGGCCUUGUUGAGGCCGCGAAGAUCCCUUAUUGCGUAGAAGCCAAGGAUCUGCCGACUUUAUUUGGGGCACAACUCUCAUCUGCCAAAAAUCUGCAAGUGUAAAGGGAAUGUUUUUUUCCCUUCACAGCCAGGAGCAAACUGUGAUGUAUUACAUGGGAGUGUAAGGCACAAGGUGACCUGGCAAAGGUGGACCUUCUUGUUAUCUCGGCUCAUUUGUCUGUUCAGUCCGUCACCCUGGCUCAUUACCACAAAUACCCACCAAGUCAGUUCAUAACCUUGGGGUGGUCCUUCACUUAUUUUGUUGUAAUGGUCUUUCCAUCUUGCAGAUUCUUUCUGUACCAUCUGACAUAGUAAGCAGCAUAAUGCCUUGCCUUGGCUUUAGUCUUGUCAUGUCUACACUACUACAAAUCUUUCUGGUAGGAGUACCUGUAUGCAUCACCAUGCUGCUGCAGAUGAUUCGGAAUCCAGUGGCACAUCUGGUGCCAAACUGGGCAUACACAUGUCACAUCUCUUUUAGAUCACUGCAUUGGCUCCCUGUAGCAGCACAUAUUAUGUUCAAAACCUUAGUCCUUACCUACAGACUAGUCAACAGGUCAGCACUUAGAGCAAAUACAGUAUAUGGAGACACUUGUGAGGUCCUGUGCUCCUUCUCAGUCAUUCAGGUCUACUGAUAAACGGCACCUGGUGAUGCUACCUCUGCGUGGCACCAAAUCUCAACCCAGAUUUGUGUAGCUGAAUGAGCUGCCUCAUCCAUUUGAAAUUCUGACUCUCUCUGUGUGUUUAAGAAGCAUUGGAAAUUCUCUCUUGUAUGGUCAAUUUCUGUUUAUCUGAUAUUAGCCUUUAUGGUUUUUGUGAUUUAGGAAUUAAUUGUAUUUCAUUUGAGCUCUUCAUUUAUAAUGAUCAAUUUUGUAACCACUCUUGUAACACUUGUUCCGAAACAGUUUCCCCCAGACUAACUUUUACUUGAUUAUGUUGACCUUUGUAAAUCACUUUGGAUAAAAGCAUCUGCUAAGCAAAUAAAUGUAAAAUGCAAAUUGACUUUUAUUCAGUUUCUUGAAGACUUUAAAUGUUUGGCCAGUGGCUGUAAAAUGCAUAGUUGAGCAAAGAAAAAAAGGAGUCUUGUUGCCGUAAGAAGUUGGUGUAAAGUUUUAAUGAUCCUGUAUUGCUGUUCGGAGCUUUCAGCUCAUUAGAUACCUGUUUAAAAAUGGUAUCGUUAUAAGGAAAGAAUAAUCUCAGUGUUGGCUACUUAAACAUUUUUUCAAUCAUUUUUUUUCAUUUGUGAAGCAUAACUAAACGUUCAUUUCGUUAAGAAUCUCUUUUCCACUAGGACUUGUGACUUUCUCAGCACAUUCAUUGUAAAACAGGAACUAAUUCUGGAUGGGAAUCCAAGGCAGUUAACCAGAGCAAUGAUUGUCCAUAGAUGGUUGCCCAUUAGUGUAUUAAAGCUAUCCACUUUAUCAUUUGUUAGUUUUUCAUUAGUUAUGCCAGGGAAUAUAUACAGUACAGGCCAAAAGUUUGGACACACCUCCUCAUUCAAUGGGUUUUCUUUAUUUUCAUGACC